AUGGGGACUGGAGAGAAGAAAAAGGGAUCUCCGAAGAAGGAGAUACUUUCAAGGGACGUGAGGGCUCGGGUGACCGAGCCCCAGAAAGUGGAUCUCGACACGGCGGCCGUGGGGAGUGCUUCAGGCAGUUCGUCCUCGGCUGCGUUGGGAUUAUCCGUGCCUGUGGACUUGAACGCGGCCCCUACGCUCGGCCAGAUCCAGAACAUGAUGGAACAAAUGAUGGUGCACAUGGCGACGAUGACGAACAGCGUCAAAACUGAGGUUACCAAACACUUCGAGGAUCAGAUCGGGGACAUAAAAGAGCAGCUCACGACGAACCAGGAAGAGAUUCGCAGGGUGGCGUCUCUUGCCAGCGGUGCGCAAGAGGGCGUGGUCGCUACGAGAUUCGAGAUAGCGAAGCUCAGGGAGGAGAAG